UUGCUGGUCACAUGACUGGCCGCCUGUCACAUGAUCCAAGGUUUAGUGGCUCAGUGAGCGCUAGCGAUCCGCAGAACUGGAGCUCGUAUUUCUCACGUUGAUUUCCGUGUGUGAUCGGUGCUGGCGGCCCGUUCCAUGCCGGGCUCCACACAAGGGGAAGGGCGAUCUGCCUGCUGAUUUCUUCAUGCUCCCUCCGGCGGGUCUCCUCCUGUAAUAUGCUCACCCGAAUGAAAUCUGCGGUGGCCAAUUUAAUGGGUGGAAUCAUGGCUGGCAGUUCGGGCUCCGAUCAUUCCAAUGGCUCCGACUUACCUAUGAAGUUCCCAUAUGUCAGACCCGAAUUCCUGGGGCUGUCACAGGACGAGAUCGAGUGCUCGGCCGACCACAUCGCCAGACCCAUCCUCAUCCUAAAGGAGACCAAGAGGUUACCGUGGAUCACCGGCUAUGCAGAGGUAAUAAAUGCAGGAAAGAGCACACACAAUGAAGAUCAAGCAAGCUGUGAAGUGAUGUUUGUGAAGAAGAAAGCUGGAAUUCACUCCACCCCAAACAAGUCUUCGUCAAACAAGCGACGAACAUCAUUACCUAACGGGGAAGGUUUACAGUUAAGAGAUAGCCCAGAGGCGGACGGAAUAACUUUUCAGUAUUGGGCCCUGUUUGAUGGACACGCAGGUGCUGGAGCAGCUGUUGUAGCAUCAAAGCUUCUUCAUCACCACAUCACAGAUCAGCUACAGGACAUUGUAGACAUCUUGAAGAACUCAGCAGUUUUACCUCCAACAUGUCUAGGGGAGGAUCCAGAAACUACUUCUAGCAAUAGCAGGACUCUGACUAGAGCCGCCUCAUUACGCGGGGGUGGCGGUGCACCAGGCUCACCAAGCACACCUCAAACGCGCUUCUUCACUGAGAAAAAAGUCCCACAUGAGUGUCUGGUUAUUGGAGCACUUGAAAAUGCCUUUAAGGAAAUGGAUCUGCAAAUUGAGCGAGAGAGAAGUUCUUACAAUAUAUCUGGAGGCUGUACGUCUCUUGUCGUUGUCUACUUACUGGGGAAAAUCUAUGUAGCCAAUGCUGGUGACAGCAGGGCUAUAAUUAUCCGAAAUGGAGAAAUAAUUCCAAUGUCUUCCGAGUUCACUCCAGAAACAGAGCGCCAAAGGCUGCAGUACCUGGCUUUUCUGCAGCCUCACCUGCUGGGGAAUGAAUUUACACAUUUAGAAUUUCCAAGAAGAGUGCAACGUAAGGAGCUGGGCAAGACGAUGCUUUACAGAGACUUCAAUAUGACAGGCUGGGCCUACAAGACAAUUGAAGAUGAUGAUUUAAAAUUCCCUCUAAUAUACGGAGAAGGAAAAAAGGCUCGGGUAAUGGCUACAAUUGGAGUUACCAGGGGACUUGGUGAUCAUGAUUUGAAAGUUCAUGAUUCAAAUAUUUACAUUAAACCUUUUCUUUCUUCCGUGCCAGAGGUGCGAGUUUAUGAUCUUCAGCAGUAUGAGCACAGUGCAGAUGAUGUGCUAGUUUUGGCAACGGAUGGCCUCUGGGAUGUCUUGUUAAAUGAAGAAGUGUCUGAAGCUGUUACAAAUUUCCUAGCAUGCUGUGACCCAGAUGACCCUCACAGAUACACAAUGGCAGCUCAGGACCUGAUAAUGCGAGCAAGAGGUGUGCUGAAGGACAGGGGCUGGAGAAUAUCCAAUGACCGGCUUGGAUCGGGAGAUGACAUCUCUGUGUACGUCAUACCAUUAAUACAUGGCAACAAACAGUCUUGAGGGUAACCUGGAGGCAGGCAGCUUUUAUAAGUUAUGUACUGUUAACCUGUUGUGAAUGGGAACAUGAUUGGAAAUUUCACUACUGAUAAAAUGGUAUUGCCCAGUCUCCCAAAACUUGUGUUUGGGGCCUCGGAUGGAGCAUACUCAAAUGCUGCUAAUGAUGUAUGAUUUCUCCUAUUGUACACUAAAACCCUAACCUGACGGACUUAUUUAGUACGACGAUGCAAAAAGUAAUGUUGCACAAAAAGCAGUAACUGAAAGCUAACAGCCAGAAUUUAGUUCACUGAAGUUACAGAA